AUGGCUGAACAGACUGGAGACGAUCUUGCCCAAGUCGUAGAGAAGCUCAAGGCUCAGGGAAACGAGCAUUACAAGAACGGAAAACAUGACGAGGCCAUUGACUACUAUACAGAAGCUAUCGAAAAGCAGCCCAACGCGAUCCUUUAUGCUAACCGCGCUGCCGCUUACCUUGGUUUGAAGCGCUAUACCGACGCUGCGUCCGACUGUGAAAAGGCCGUGAAACUCGAUCCGACCUAUGCCAAAGCUUGGGGAAGACUGGGAACUGCCGCUCACGCGCUAUGUGAAUGGCCACGUUGCUUGACUGCUUGGAAUAAAGCCAUCGAAUGCUUGCCCAGUGAUGCAGCCCUAACACCCGCCCAGAAGGCAAUGAAGGUCCAGUUUGAAGACGGCCUGAAGAAGUCUAAAACUGCAAGCGUCACGAAGCCCUCGACUUCGGCGUUCGCUUUGCCUGAGAAAAACGUCGGUGCAACACCAUUUGGUCGAGCUCUCGCGCUUCACGAAGAGCUCAAGGCCCGUGGCAAGAUGAGCAGUGCAUUUGCGCUGGUCACUGCUUACGAAGAAUGGGUCGAAGGAAUAAAGAAGGUGAACAAUUUGCAAAAGGUCACAGUGCCAGGGAAAGGGCCAAUGAUGCGCGUGGAACAUGCCCUCGAGCCAUUGACCAACGCAUUGCUCAGUGACGUCCGCGCCUUCCAUGUUACAGACCCGAACUGGAUUCAAAAGUGUGAAGACCAGUGCAAAGCCGAAAAUUUGAGCAAAGGCGGGUGGGCUCACCGGUCGGACAGUGUCGAUCACAUCAAAGAAGACAUCGUGAAGACUGUGGCCGAGAAAGGGUGGGACCAUGCCAGGCACGCGAUAGCAAUCACGGUCAGGGUCUGGAUCUUCCUCGCCUUCCUACGGACCUCGAUUGUCCACCAGAGAGAGUUCGCCCACGACUUCUUCACUCGUGCCCUGGAGAUCUGCCAAUGGGGACGCAUCCGAUGGCCCAACGUUCCCUCAAAAACUAGAGGAACCGUCUUCGAGCGCACCUUCAUCCGAGGCAUCAAGCGCCUGAGACUACUGAAUAUGUUCGAGGAAUUCGUCGAGAAGGACGGACCUUUUACUCCAGAGGAACUAAAAAACUGCGCCGAAGACAUCCUUGAGGAUGUUGACGGGGAUCCUCCCUCCGAAGAGUUCAAGUCGCACUCUGCUGCAGCCUUUGCCUCGUUCUGGACCUACCCCAAAGGAACAGCACUAAGCGUCCUCGGAUGGAUGUGCCGCGAAAUGGCUCGAAAUGUAUCAGACGACAAGCACAGAGACACGUUCAGGGAGCAGGCUUUCGUCUAUUACUAUACCGCCGCCGGCCACUACGCCGAAGAUGACGAACAACACGUCCAAUUUCUUCGCGUCUCUCUAGAUUGUCUCUUCGAAGUCAAGGCUCCGCUAAAAGCUACCCUUCCGAUUGUUGACAAGAUUCGAGAGGCCGUUCCUGGAGUGCUCAAGAUUUGGGAAAUGGGGAGCAUCGGCUCACACUUGGCGGCGUGGAACACGGAGCUUGAGGAAUUCAGGAGAGCGCAGACCGAGGCUAUUGCCGAGGGCAGGGGAACUCUCGAUACAGUUGCUACUCUGACCCCCACUCAAAUUACGGCCCAGUUUGACGAUCCCAGGUUCCGUCCCGUCGAACUCCAAGCCAUUUAG